AUGGCUGAUGACGAGGGCGCUUCUCCCCGCGAGUUGAUCGUGGAGGCUUGCCGACGUGACCAACCCCACCUGAUCGAGCAGGUUCUGGAUAGCAUGAGCGAGAAAUCAAAUGAAGAUGUAGCGCAAUUUUUCAAUGGCGUGACAGAUGCCUUGGGGAACCACGCAUUACACAUCUGUGCUCUGUAUGGAAGCUAUGAUGUUAUGGAUUCCCUAUUUGAUAUUCAAUACUUCGAGUGUGAUCCCUUGACUCGCAUGGAUAAGGACACACCCCUUCACAUUGCCGUACGAUUCGCCAACGAGAAGGAUGCCGAGUUGGGUGAAGAGAUGGUCAAGAUGAUGUGUGAGGCGGGCUGUGACCCUCGGGUUCGGAAUAAGCAUGGCCAAAAACCUGCUGAUCUGGUCUUCAAUAAGCCUGAGAUUAAGCAGGCACUUCAAAAGGCGGAGUACAUCCUCGCUGAGGGUAUUCAAGACAACGACAAUGGUUCUGAGCACGAUAGUGCCAGCGAUAGUGAAUAG